GGUCGCAGCUCGCGAGCCAGCGUGACCCGCGUUCCCUGCAGCCUGGGGUCUAAGCGUGUGGUUCUAGUGCUGAGGGUGGUAGGACUCAGAAUGAGAAAAUGAGACCUGUGCAAACAGAGGAUGAGUGGAACUUAGCGACGGCGUUUGUGCUCAUCAGGAAUCAGCUGUGUAAGUGACGUCAGCGCAUGGACUGUAAGUCAGAAGAGAGUGCUCAGGGAACAGUCUCACAGGCCCUGCAGGAACCAGAAAGCCUCGCAGAGGCCGGAAGUGAAGAUGGACUCUCUGAAAGCUUCCAGCUUCUGCAGCUGGAUGUGGAGUGUGAACACCAAGAAGAGACCAGCCCUGCAAACAGUGCUGCAUGGAGCUCGAAAAAUGUGCAAAGAAAACAGAGACACUGGGAAAGGAUAGUCUCCUCAAAGAAGAGCAAAAGGAAGCAGGAAAGAGAGCGAAGGAAAGCCAAGCGUGCAGACGGCCCGGCUAACGGCACCUGCCCACAACACAGCAAACGUUUUUUGAAAGCCUUAACCAAAGAGAAACUUUUGGAAGCCAAACACUCAGGACCAAGACUAUGUGUUGACUUGAGCAUGACCCAGCACAUGUCAAAGAAGGAACUAAGUCGGUUGGCGGGACAGAUUCGAAGGUUGUAUGGCUCAAACAAAAAAGCCAGCAGGCCCUUUUGGAUUUGCCUUACUGGAUUCUCAACUGACAGCCCCCUCUAUGAGGAAUGUCUGAGGAUGAAUGAUGGAUUUUCUGCUUACUUGCUCGAUGUGACAGAAGAAGACUGCUUUAGCCUGUUUCCUCUGGAAACCCUUGUGUACCUGACUCCUGACUCCGAACACCCCCUUGAAGACAUUGAUCAGAGCGCAGUGUACGUUAUUGGUGGACUUGUGGAUGAGUGCAUUCAGAAGAAGGUGACAUUUCAAAAAGCCCGAGAACACUCUGUCAGGACAGCCCGCCUGCCAAUCCAGGAGUACAUGAUCAGACGCCAGAAUGAGAAAAACUACCAUUCAGAAAUCCUGGCCAUCAACCAAGUGUUCGAUAUCCUGUCUACUUACUUUGAAACUCAUAACUGGCCUGAAGCAUUGAAGAAAGGAGUUUCUCCAGGAAAAGGCUACAUUCUUCGGAAUUCAGUGGAAUGAUGGACAGCCUAAGAUUCCAGCUGUAGUGGUGAAGUGCCGGGGGUGUCUUGACCAAAGGACCAGGCAAAGGGUGGCAAUGACACACACUUGCCUCUGCAUGCUAUCUUGGAUCUUUGAAAGCCACUAGGGACAAGGACCACAUUUUAUGCUAUGUCACCCACAAUGCCUGGCUCACUGGAAGUACCCUGAUAAAACUUAUUAUGGUUAAAAAAAAGUUUGUGUCUGGGCUGGAGAGAUGGCUCAGCGGUUGAGAGCACUGACUGCUCUUCUGAAGGUCAUGAGUUUGGAUCCC